CAACAAAUAUUAAUAUUAAAUAUUAGGCACAUACACCUCUAGAAUACUCCAGUUUAUUGGUAUAAAAAACAUUACAUGUAUAAAUAAUGCUAUUGUUUAUCUAACAUUAGCAGCAAUUAAAAAGAUUAAAAAGAUUUAUGACAGUUCGUUACAAACUAUGAAUUUGUUAGUCAAGAUUGGCGUAUUUAGAUUAUCUUUGUAAGGUUGUUUUGAUAAUAUUUCGUAUAUAAUGCUAUGUUUUGUGAGUAUAACAGUAUAAUUUGUCAAUUGUAAACUACUACUGAAACUAUGAAAUUCUUCCUGUCCUUCGCUGCCGUGGUGGCCGUUGCUGUCGCCGGCCCUACUAAGGGCCUGGUGAGUCCCGGCGUUGCCGGACCUGCUCCCAUCAUCGACGACUUUGUACCUAUCGCUGUCGGACCUGCCAUCAUAGAUGAGUUCGAGCCCAUUUCCGUCGGACCUGCCAUUGUCAACGAAUUCGAACCUAUCUCCGUUGGGCCUGCCAUCGUCGACGAGUUCGUACCUAUCUCCGUUGGACCCGCUAUCGUAGACAACCCUCCUCUUGCCCCCGUUGCUGACAGCACUCCUCUCGUGCAAAUCAUUUUGAACAUCAACCAGGCUAGCUCUGCCCCUAUUGUCCCCGGACCCGGUGUCGAUGCCAUUAUCCCUGAGCCCGUGAUUGUCGUUGACGAAGCCGAAAUCGUUGCUGAGCCCGUGAUUGUUGUCGAUGGCCCCGUCCCCGAGCCUGUCCAGGUUGCUGACAUUACUCCCGUUGCUCCCAAGCCAGUGAUCGUCGCGACUCCCAUCAUUCCCGCACCCGCUGUCACUCUUCCUGAGACCCUUAACUGAAUAUCGAUCAAUGUCGACAUGUCCACCAUGACCGCUCUCGGGCGCUCGUAAUCGGAAUUUUAACUAUUUUAUUAAAUGAAAAUUAUUGUAUGUCAAUAAAAUAGUUAAAAUAAAUAGCAUGAUGAGUA